AUGGACUGGCUGGGCAGGAACGACGUGCGGGAGGAGUACGUGCUGGUGAUCGAUGUGGACAUGAUCCUGCGGGCGCCGCUGCUUCCAGAGGCGCUGGGUGCGCGCCCUGGCUUUGCCGUGGCCGCCUUCUUCGACUACCUGCACGGCACACACAACGAGCUGGCGGAGCGGCACCUGGCUGAUGUGGCGCCACGUCAGGAUGAGCUGGCUGGCCCCGCGGGGCGCCGCGCCGACAUGGUUGGCGGCGCCUACCUGGCGCACCGCGAGGACAUGCGCCGCAUCGCCCCGCUGUGGCUCAAGUACACGGAGAACGUGCGAGACGACCCGCGGGCCUGGGAGCUGGCUGGGGAGCCGGGGCGGGCGCCCGGGGAGCGGCCCUGGAUAUGUGAGAUGUAUGGCUACUCCUUUGCCGCCGCCAGGCUGGGCGUGUGGCACCGCGCCGACCAGAGCCUCAUGCUCUACCCCGGCUACUACCCGGCCGACCCGCUGCCCAGGGUGCUGCACUACGGCCUGCUCUGGAAUGUGUCUGCUGGCUACGAGUUCAACAAGCACUGGCACUUCCAGUUCGACAUGCUGGCCUGCCCGCCCUGGAAGCUCGGGGAGAGCGGCCUCUUCAAGCACCCCGCCCACCCGCGCAGCCUCCGCUCCAAAGGGGCGGAGCUGCUGAAAGACCUGCUGGCCAUGGAGGCGAUCAUCUACCUCAACGCCGCCUUCUGCGAGCGCCACCGAGCCAGGUGCCCCCACUCCAAGGCCCUCAACUGGGAGUGCUCCAAGGCGGAGACGCUGCUGAAGGCGUACGACGCGGCGUGGAAGGCGGCCGUGCUUGCCAUCACAGACAGGGAUCUUAAAACUGCGGAAGCGCUAAAUUGGUGCAAGGUAAAUCGAUUGACAUACGACUGCUGUGUGAAAACGAGAGGCACACGAGCAAAUUGCCGUGGCGAUUGCCCAAGCAUUUCCGACAACGGCCAGGUGUCCAUCAUGGUGGUGCGAGGGACGCAGGUGGUGCAGGAGGCAUUCCCUCCACUCUGCGUGCUGCGCCGGGAGGCGCCCAGCUCUAGCAGCCACGCGCGCCGCCUGCAGGCCUGCACACGGCACCAGACCUCGCCCACGGCGUCCGCCGCUCUGGGGCGCGCGCUGCUGGGAACGCUGCUGAUGGGGGCCUUUAGGGAGCAGGGCGAGAAAACUCAGGUGACGUUCAAGGGCGACGGCCCACUGGCCGGCCUGCAAGUGAUCGCCGACGCCAGCGGUACGGUCAAGGGCAAAGUGGGCAACCCUGCGGCAGACCCGCCGCUGCGGCCAGAUGGCAAGCUCAACGUGGGGCAGGCGGUGGGGCGAGGCGAGAUUGCCGAGGACCUGGCUCGCUACCUGGUGGACAGCGAGCAGGUGCAGUCGGCGCUGGGGCUGGGCGUUUCCAUCGCCAAAGACCUCAGCAUCCGUGCGGCCGGCGGCUUCCUCAUCCAGGUGCUGCCCUUUGCGGAGGACGAGACCAUCGCGCAGCUGGAAGAGAACAUUGCGGCGGCGGGGAGCGUGACAGACAUGCUGAAUGCGGGGAUGGGCGCGGGCGACAUCACAGAGCGGCUGCUGCGCGGGCUGGGCGGCAACGACACGGGCUUCCAGCUGCAGCCACGGUACGGCCCCUGCGAGCCCUCAGACCUGCAGGACCGCAUGCGCAGCGCAGUGGCGCUGCUGGGCGAGAGCGAGGUGCGGGCGAUCGUGGCGGAGCAGGGCAAGAUCGAGGUGAUGUGUGAGUUCUGCCGGGAGACGUAUGCUUUCGAGGAGGAGGAGGUGCUGAGGGCGCUGCAGACCUGA